GGCAGGAGGGUGAGACGUAUAUGCUCUCUCGCUCAUAAUCUUUCCAUACACGCUGAUAGCGCAGUUACUCGCCGCAUUGUCCUUAAAAUCAGCAUGCAAGAGAAGAGUGAGGAGGAACCCGCCAUGUAAGCCUCUACGGCACACGCUAGUCAAUCUAGGCCCUUGCGAUAUUUUUUUUUUGUAAUCCAAGUGGUGGAUGGCGUUGGUCUUUAAUUGUCUUUGUGUCCACUUGGAGUGUGUAUGAUGAGGUGGAGUGUGUGUGGUGAGGUGAAGUGUGUGUGGUGAGGCAGAGUGUGUAGUAAGAGGGGCAAGAGUGGGUGUGUGUGAUCAGGACUCAUGUGAACACCAGUGUGGUGGUCGACUGCACUAUGGCUAGCGCUCCGGGCACACAGUCAAUGCAACAGCAGCACCUACAACAGCAACAACAUCUACAGCAGCAGCAGCAGCAGCACCUCCAGCAGCAGCAACAAGCACCACCGCAGCAGCUGGGCAACAAGCGACAAGCAUCUUGCAAGACCAAGAGCAGCUCUGCCGACUACGCUAAUGUCCGGACGGUGGAGUCUUCCCAGACACAGAUCCUGGAGCGGAUGGUGGGCGACCGCGUGUGCGUCACCCGCCCCGAGGAGGACCGGCGGAGACGCACCAUCAUCGUCGAGAAGGAGAACAAUUCUUUUGGCUUCACCAUACAGAGCUAUGGGAUUCAUUACAAGAAGGAUGGUGAGAUAGAAGUUAUUACGUAUGUGGACUUCGUUGAAUAUUCUGGACCUGCCUUCAGGGCUGGCAUGAGAGAAGGAGAUGUAAUUCUGUCUAUUAAUGGCCAUGAUAUGGAAAAAGCUGAUCAUAAAGCUUUGGUCAACUUCAUCCAGGGGUGUGGUGACAGGAUGCGCAUGGUAGUGCUCUUUGAAGACUGUGUGCACAAGGUGGAACUACACAUGAGGUACAUCCAGCUGCAGCGUCUCCUUCAAGAGAAGAUGACUGACUUGGAACGCUUGUGUCAUCAGGAGAAAUCACUGCUGGCUGGUAAGUUGGCAACCUCCCCAGUGCGUCACGCCUUCAACAUCGCUCACGCCCGCUUGAUGGAUUGGCUGAGGGCACAACGCAGGCUUCUCCCGCCCCCCCGGGACCUCACCUGCCUCAUCCCAGUUUCUCUCUCCACCUCCACUUCCACCUCUACCCUUCUUACCCAGACUGCUGCUGCCCACCAACACCCCCACUCCACCGCAGUUCACCGGCACCACCAAAGUGUCCCUCACAGUUGCAAGCACUCAACUGGUGUCUCCAUGCAUGGCCACACACACCAUACAACCAGUCUCACCUACAAGGAGGAUGACUCCAUUUCAGAAGACACUGGAAGGAGAUAUUGCCGACGAAUGAGUGGCAUGUCCUUGCCGCAAGUACCAGACAACAAAAGUCAGACUGUUGUUGUCAAGGCUCACAGUGAAAUUAGAAAUGUAGAUAAAAUUUCAUCACCAUCUUGCACAGUAGCUUCUCCCACAGAUUCUGUUUACCAUAAAGAAAAUAGUAUAUACAGCUACAUGAGCUGGAACACAAGUACCUACUCUGAUAGCAUUAAUCCUCAUUUUAUACAUAGUCAGGUUGCUAGUUGUAGGAUUCCAUGGGGCUCAGAUAGACUUUAUGCAAAUACUUCUAGUGAUUAUCAUAGCUUGCCAUGCACAGGAGGACCCAUGUAUGUGCCACCUUCUAGUGGUUGUGGUGAUCCAAUGUGUGUUGCAAACCAUUCUCCUAUGUUUGGCCCUGAAAGGAGACAGCAAGCCUUAGGAAAUAAGGAAGUUGGGGGUAAUAGGAAAAUUAUAGAGGAUAAAGAAGGUAAGAAUUACCAUAGUCACCGCCGAGCUCUUAGUGCUGAGGCUUGGAGAUAUCCUAGGGAUAAAGAUAGCUGGCAUGAGGGAGAAAUAAGCAAAUACCGAAAAAAUCAGGCAGCUUUAGAUAUUCCUUGUUAUCGAACUGAUUCAGUGUCACAAGAUGGAAAUCUCUUGGCUAAAUCUAAAAGCAGUGGCCCAAGAAGAGGAAGUUUUAGUAGGAAAGAUAGUUUCAAACAGUUAAGUAGACAAAACAGCAGAAGUGGUAGACCUGAACUUGUAAAGAAAAAUUCCCCAACAACCGAAGAAGCAAGUAGGAAAAUUAAACCCCCUUUUAAAAUGAGCAAAGCAUAUUCAAUAUCAUGUAUGCCAAGUGACCAAUGUCUUGCAUAUGAUUCUGUAAUUAAAGAAUUUAAAACAUCAGUUACUCAUGAAACUAAGAAUGAAGAAGAACCAAAAUCUCCCUUUGAAAAGAUGAGUCUCAGUGGUUUAGAAGUAUAUGACCACAGUCCAAAACAUUCACACGGUCCUAAACAUUCAUCCAUGUUUAAUUACUCUACUUCCAGUUUACCACAUCGUAGGAAUUCUAAAGGUAAAAAAAAAAGAGAGUCAGGCUCAUCCCACCGGGUAAAAUCAAACUCCCUAGAUGAAGAUAAGUUAACUAGUAUAUCUGGAUCUGACGAUGGGCAAAAAAUUGAAUAUGGAUUAGAAGACAACCGGGACUCAAGUUCUGAAGUAUCCUCCCAUGUAAGACCAUCUGAGUUACAUUUACAUAAAUUUUUGUCAUUACCUUACUCAUCGGGCAGACUUACAACUUCACCCACAGAGAACUCUCCCCUCAUUGUACGUGGUGGCUCAUUCCAUGCACCCCGCAGACCCAGGCAGAACUCAGGGGAAAGGCAUUGGAGUCUAUCUAGACCGAAAAAAGGGGCUUCAGCAAGUACUUCUCGUGAAUCUAGUAGAUCAACUCAUAGACAGAGAUCAUGUACUUCUCUUUGUGAUGGCUCCUUUGAGAAAAUCAGAGAGGCCCCACAAAAGAAAGCUCCUUCAAUCAUUCGUUCUGAAUCACUUCGCCUAUCAUCUCAGUCUUUGACUAACUCUUUCAUCACAAGAGAAUGCAUAAAAGGGUCUUGUACUCACAGUGUUAAACCACGUCCAACAAACAGGAUCCAUAUUAAAUCAAGUAGCCUUGAAAAUAGGCAGGAUGUGGCAGACGGGUCAAAUUCCCUCAUAAUGAGCCGCAUUGGUAGCUUUGUCAAGGAUGAUACAGUAGCCAAGGAGAAUUGUGGUAUCAGUAGCAGCCCAGCUGCAUGGAGAAGAUCAGGAAGGGAAGACAGACAAAACCAAUCUGUUAAUGAAAUGUUCAGCAGGAAGCCUGAAUGGAAUAGUAAUCUUGCAGAAAAAAAUAAAUGGAAGGGUACAGGUAUAUCCCGUAGGGAAGGGGGCAAUAAGGAUAGUGGGAGGGAGGUGGAGGGGAGAAGCAGUACAACAGGAAUUAAGAAGAGUGAGGAAUCAAGAGUCUUGCAAAAUCAACGAAAAGGGUCAUUCAAGUCGUUGCCAAAGCAAAAAUCAUGGCAACCAGACUCUGCACACCAUCCUAUUAAGUAUGAGCAGCAACAGCAGGGUCGAAAGAGCCGUCCAGAUUCGUUAUAUUCAUGGACGGGGAGCUGUGAUCGUAUAAGUUCAACAACAGAUCAUUCAGGUAGAACAGUGGUGUCGGCACGAUCACGUUCUCUUUGUACUGAUUCACUCGUAACCCCAGCACGUGAUAAGCCAAACUCUGCAGCUGAUGUGUAUCGUUUUGCGCCUCCUCUACAGGAACCCAGAGUGAGAUCAGAUUCUUUGGAAGCUCGUUGGUCAUCUGAUAACUCUCUAGAGGAGCGUCCAAAUGAUGGGCGUACUCCUACUAAUUAUGACAGCUUAUAUUCAGAAGUAUCUAGUGAAUCAUCUGUGUAUGGAACACCUCUGCCUCGACAAUGUUUAGUACCUCGGGAGGAUCAUGGUAUUUUAUCAGACGAUGAAGCAUCUGUUGAUCUUGAUGCUGCUCCACGCCCUAGAAGAAGUCAAGCAUCACGCAGAAGAAAGUCUCAAGGCUCUCGAACAAAUGAUGAAACACCAUUAGUAGGGGACAGGAAUGCCUUUACCCCACCAGCCUCAUCAUAUCCACCUUCCUGGCAGGGCAUACCUCCUAGAGCCAUAACCUCUCCCCAUGGCUCCUCCAAUGGUGAAUGGUUUCAGGCUGGGGAUGUGAGUCGAACAGUUGGAGCUCUGGCUGAUUCCUUAUCUGCAUAUCGUACCAAUAUUGUUUGAGCAGAUU